AUGAGUACUGAGACAGAGGUUGAGAAAACGCAAACAGAGUCGACAGCUACAAAAGACGCAGCAGCACCCCAAACAUCGUCUCAAUCGUCGUCUUUUCUGUCUCAAAGUCGCGUUCGACACGAGUGGUAUCAGAAUGAAAACUUUGUUGUUAUCAGCAUUUUUAUUAAGAAUGUGAAGCAAGAAACUGUUGAUGUUUAUUAUGCCGAUCGUUCGGUAUCAGUUACAGUCAAAUUACCUACUGGAUCUGAUUAUUCCUUAGAGAUUGAUCCACUAGCUCAUGAGAUAGUACCCAAGGAAUGUAAACAGGAAGUAUUAUCCACCAAAAUUGAAAUCAAGCUUAAAAAGGAAAAACCGGGAAUUAAGUGGGGUGUUCUUGAGGGAGAUGAUUCUCUUGCUGGAUCUUUUGCAACAUCUGAUGCACGUAACGCGAAAAAUUGGGACAAGUUGGAGAAAGAAAUUAGUAAAGAUCAAGAAAAACCGGAAGGUGAUGCAGCACUGAAUUCAUUGUUUCAACAACUUUAUAAGGAUGCAGAUGAUGAUACCAGACGAGCUAUGUUAAAGAGUUAUACAGAGAGUAGUGGUACUUGUCUUAGCACAAACUGGGGCGAAAAUCGUUAUUAUGAUUAA